GACAGCUGGAUCGCCAUUGGAGUCAAGUAUCCGCUUCCCUUUAAGAUAUUGUCCAGUUGCCGUUCAAUGUUCAAUAGCACAUGGCUGAGGCUGCUCUGUGUCUGAUCAUGGCGAUGCCUUCGACUAACCGCUCUGGAGGGGCGUGGGGAUGAAAUGGAUGGAGCCCAUGGCCAGACCAGUGCACCACCUCCCACCUCCCAGCAUGUCCAGCCGCAGCAAGUCUCCCCCCAACUCUGGAGAAGCUGCAGGCUCUAACUCCAUGGCAUGGACGAAGAUGUUCAAAAAACCUGGUGGAGGCCUGAAGAAAUCCUAUCAGCCUGGGAGCAUGCUGUCUCUCGCGCUCACAAAAGGCCUGCUUAAUGAGCCCGGGCAAAAUAGCUGCUUCCUAAACAGCGCUGUUCAGGUGCUUUGGCAGCUGGACAUCUUCAGGAGAAGUCUGAGGCAGCUCUCAGGUCACUUCUGUCUCGGUGAUGCCUGCAUCUUCUGUGCUUUGAAGAGCAUCUUCAGCCAGUUUCAGCAGAGCAGAGAGCGCGUGCUCCCCUCCGACAGCCUGCGUAACGCCCUCGCUGAGACCUUUAAGGAUGAGCAACGCUUCCAACUUGGCCUGAUGGAUGAUGCUGCUGAGUGCUUUGAGAACAUCCUAGAGCGAAUUCACUUGCACAUCGUUUCAGACACUGCGACAGAUGCAUGUUCAUCCAAAUCCUGCAUCACCCAUCAGAAGUUUGCAAUGAUGCUGUAUGAGCAGUUUGUGUGUCGCUGCUGUGGUGCAUCUUCAGACCCACACCCAUUCACUGAAUUCGUACAUUAUGUCUCAACGACAGCUUUAUGCCAACAGGUUGAUCGCAUGUUGGGGAAGAACGAGCGGCUCAGGUCAGACAUGUUUGGAGAAUUGCUGCAGGCAGCAAACAACACAGGUGACCAACGAAGCUGCCCGAGCAACUGCGGACAAAGUAUCAAGAUCCGCCGUGUGCUCAUGAACUGUCCAGAGAUUGUCACUAUUGGAUUUGUAUGGGAUGCUGAGCAGUCUGAUCUCACGGACGAUGUAAUUCGGUCACUUGGCCCACGUUUGAACCUCUGUGGGCUUUUCAACCGUGUCACAGAUGAAAAUGCCAAACGGAGUGAGCUUCAUCUGGUGGGGAUGAUCUGUUUUUCGAGUAAACACUACUCAGCCUUUGCCUAUCACACCAAAUCUUCAAAAUGGAUGUUUUUCGAUGAUGCUACUGUAAAGGAGAUUGGAUCCAAAUGGAAAGAUGUUGCCUCUAAAUGUGUCAGGGGACAUUACCAGCCACUCCUUUUAUUUUACACUAAUCCUGAGGGAUCUCCAGUGUCUAAUGAAGACGCACCGAGACAAACCACCAUGUGUCCUCGGUACAAAGCCCAAAUGAAUGGUGACGUGACGGUGAAACUCCCCCUUGGCAGUCCUAACAAAUUCCAGGAACCUUACAUGGAGAAUUUGCAGAGGCCAAGUGAAACAUCAAAAAAGGAUCGAGGGCAUCGAAAAACGGACCUAUCACAACACAAAGAAAUGGCACAUGCAAGAUCUUCAUCUUCUCCAGAGAAUGGACCGAGGACUCUUGUGGACCAAAAAUUAAAGACUUAUCCACGCACUGAGAAGUCAUCGAACCAUUCAAGCAGAGGAUCUCAGGAGCCACGUGUGCAGGGUGGCGGACACAGUCGGAGGAACAACACCUCACCAAGUCACCCUGAUCAGGAUAGCUGCCAGGAGCAAUGGGAAAAAGGUGGAAGUGAAGGAAGCCGCAAUAAAUCUAAGUCCACUUGGAGACCAAUUCGGGAGGUGUUGAAUGUGGACACUGUUCUUAACGAACUGGAGCAUCGUCGUCAACAGCAACACGACAGCCCCCGGCACAGCAAGCCUUCAUCACAGGAAAGAGUGCACACUGAACAAAGCCGAGACCGCGAGCGGGAAUACGUACGAACCAGAGAAGAUAGGAAGCAGAAGUGUUUAAUGACGAUUUACGAGGACGAGCAGCGGCAUGAGACCGAGAGCCACAGCUCUGUGGAGUCAGAGAGCAGGGCCAACCAGCAGAGGGGCAGCAGACUUAAGGGGGGGCCAAAGACACUGCUGCGAAGUGAUACCUGGACAAUCCAAAGGACAGAGUCGGGCUACGAGAGCAGCGAUAGACUCAGCAGUGGCUCCACCAAUCCUGACUCGCCUGGGGUCGAUGGCUUUGUUGUUAAAGACCAGAGGUCAACACCAGAGGCGCAGCUGCAAAGUCAGCUGCACCAAAAGGGAGGCGAUGCCAAGUCAAGUAUAAUGUCCUCACCUUCACACAAUGGUAAACAUCAACCCAAACCUCAGGGAAAGAACCAUGACCAAGUUUCACAUUCACAUCUUAAGUGCAGUCCAAGUGCGAGACGGAAAUCAAAGUGCACUUCUAGUACCUCCAGAAAAGCAGUAUCCUCAGAGAGGGAGUCCACUGGUUCAGACAGCCGGCCGAGUGAGCAGACCAACUGCAGAGGACACACCGGAGAAAGUACAGCUCUGAGGCACAUUACAAAAACCAGCAGCUCUGAAUGGAACAGCUCCGAUGAUCUCGCUCUCUCUGAGCCCGAGGACAGAGAAAACACUGGCGCCCCUGAAUCCCAGUGUCCUCAUAUCGCCCUACCAUACCACCCUCCCAGCAAUGUAACUGCAGAACCGAUCCAACUGAACAGUCAGCGUCAGCUCGGCACCACGGGGUCGCCUCACCUUCGACCGACCCCGCGGACCUCUCCUCACCAGGGUGAAACGAGCCACUCAGUGUUUCGACCGAGGAUGCUCCAAGAACCCUUCACAUCGAGUCCUCGUCUUUCAUCCACGUCCUUUGUCAGUCCACACAGGAGGCCGGACAUUUCAGGCCUCAGAACCUUCUCAGAUGCAAGUUCCAAGUCGGGCUCUGACCCAGAGAGGAGUACCCCAUCAUCAUGUGAGAGUGAGGAAAGACUGACCGGAUGCAGAGUGGAACAAGCAGCGCCAGCUCAAGAGGUUUCUCUGACAACAUACUUCACUGUGGAUAACUGUAUGACGGAAACAUACCGCCUCAAGUACCACAACCAGAGGCCUCUUGUCCUCUCAGCCACAGUGCCGAGGACUGUGGUUGUGACUGAGCGCAGAGAUACCAGCCACACACUCCCCACUGACACAUACUCACAAGAUGUGCCAAAAGCCAGACCCGAAACAAGCCAUAAUAGCAAUAAACCCACUGCAAAAUGGAACCCAGUUGCAGCCAAAGGACUGGAUGAACGUGGUUUUUUAUGA